AUGCGUCCCGAAGUCGAGCAAGAGCUUGCUCACACCCUCCUCAUCGAGCUCCUCGCCUACCAAUUCGCAUCACCUGUGAGGUGGAUCGAGACACAAGAUGUCUUCCUCGCCGAAAGGAACGCCGAGCGCGUAGUCGAAAUCGGUCCGGCCGACACCCUCGGCGUCAUGGCGAAGCGAACCCUAGCCUCCAAGUACGAGGCCUACGAUGCCGCCAAGUCCGUCCAGCGACAGAUUCUCUGCUACAACAAGGAUGCCAAGGAGAUUUACUACGAUGUCGACCCUGUUGAAGAUGAGCCCGAGCCUGCGGCAGCCCCCAGUGGCUCUGCUCCUGCCGCCGCAGCCCCGACCGCCGCAGCACCCGCAGCAGCCGCGCCUCCUCCCGGUGCUGGCCCCGCUGCUCAAGUGCCCGAUGCCCCCGUCCAAGCCGUCGACAUCGUGCGCGCUCUCAUCGCCCAGAAACUGAAGAAGCCCAUGACCGAGAUACCGAUGGGCAAAGCCAUCAAGGACCUUGUUGGUGGCAAAUCGACACUACAAAACGAAAUCCUCGGCGACCUCGGAAAGGAGUUCGGUUCCACUCCAGAGAAGCCCGAAGAUACCCCACUCGACGAACUGGGCGCUGCCAUGCAGGCUACAUUUGACGGGCAGCUCGGCAAGCAGUCCCAGGCCCUCAUUGCUCGCAUGAUUUCGUCGAAGAUGCCUGGUGGUUUCAACAUCACUGCCGCCCGCAAAUACCUGGAGACAAGGUGGGGUUUGGCCUCCGGUAGGCAGGAUGGUGCCCUGCUCCUGGCACUCACCAUGGAGCCCGCGGCCCGCUUGGGCUCCGAAGGAGACGCGAAAGCUUUCCUCGACGACGUCACACAAAAGUAUGCUGCCAGCGCCGGCAUCAGCCUCUCGACUGCCGCCGCGGCAGGCCCCGACGCCGGCGCCGGUGGCGGCAUGAUGAUGGACCCUGCCGCCAUCGAUGCCUUGACCAAGGACCAGAGGGCCUUGUUCAAGCAGCAGCUUGAGCUUCUGGCGAGAUAUCUCAAGCUGGACCUCCGGGCCGGCGACAAGGCCUUCAUCAACUCUCAGCAAACCGAGAAGGUGCUCCAAGCUCAGCUCGAUCUCUGGACCGUCGAGCACGGCGACUUCUACGCUUCGGGCAUCCAGCCCGUCUUCAGCCCCCUCAAGGCCCGUACCUACGACUCCGCCUGGAAUUGGGCCCGCCAGGACGCCCUGCACAUGUACUUCGACGUCAUUUUCGGUCGUCUCAAGGCCGUCGAUAGAGAAAUCGUCAGCCGCUGCAUUCGCAUCAUGAACCGGUCGAACCCUACUCUGCUCGACUUCAUGCAGUACCACAUGGACAACUGCCCUACCGAGCGCGGCGAGACCUACAAGCUUGCCCAGGAACUCGGCCUGCUGCUCAUCGAGAACUGCAAGGACGUCCUCGAUAUCUCGCCAGUGUACAAGGACGUCGCCAUUCCCACCGGGCCUCGCACCACCGUCGAUGCCAAGGGUAACCUGAACUACGAAGAGACGAACCGACCCAGCUGCCGCAAGUUGGAGCACUACGUCCAGCAGAUGGCUGAGGGUGGCAAGAUUUCCGAGUACGGCAACAGGACCAAGGUGCAGAACGACCUGAAGCGCAUCUACAAGCUCAUCAAGGAACAGCACAAGAUGUCCAAGAGCUCGCAAUUGGAGAUCAAGAGCCUGUACGGUGACGUCCUGCGGUCUCUCGCCAUGAGCGAGAGCCAAAUCAUUCCCAAGGACGGCGGAAAGCCCAACGGCGUCAAGAAGGUCAAGGCCAACGGUCCUAGCAAGGGCAAGGUUGAGACCAUUCCCUUCCUGCACCUGAAGCGCAAGACCCUGCACGGCUGGGACUACAGCAAGAAGCUCACCGCUGUCUACCUCAACUGCCUCGAGGAGACCGCGAAGAACGGCGUGACGUACCAGGACAAGUACGUCCUGAUGACCGGUGCCGGUGCUGGUUCCAUCGGAGCUGAGGUUCUCCAGGGCCUCAUCAGCGGCGGUGCAAAGGUCAUCGUCACCACCAGCCGGUUCUCUCGUGAGGUCACGGAAUACUACCAGUCCAUGUACACCAGGUACGGUUCCCGUGGCUCUCAGCUCGUCGUGGUGCCUUUCAACCAGGGAAGCAAGCAGGACGUCGAGGCGUUGGUUGAGUACAUCUACGACGCCAAGUCGGGUCUCGGCUGGGAUCUGGACUUCAUUGUCCCCUUCGCGGCCAUCUCCGAGAACGGUCGCCAGAUUGACAACAUCGACUCCAAGUCCGAGUUGGCUCACAGGAUCAUGUUGACCAACCUUCUCCGCCUGCUGGGCUGCGUCAAGACCCAGAAGGCGGAGCACGGUUUCGAGACUCGUCCCGCCCAGGUGGUCCUCCCCCUGUCCCCCAACCACGGCACGUUCGGCAACGACGGUCUCUACUCGGAGUCCAAGCUGGCUCUGGAGACGCUGUUCAACCGAUGGUACUCGGAGGACUGGGGCAACUACCUCACCAUCUGCGGCGCUGUUAUCGGCUGGACCCGUGGUACGGGCCUCAUGAGCGGCAACAACGUCGUCGCCGAGGGCGUCGAGGCCUUCGGCGUCCGCACUUUCUCGCAGCAGGAGAUGGCGUUCAACCUGCUGGGUCUCAUGUCUCCUACCAUUGUGGACCUUUGCCAGUCCGAACCCGUGUUUGCCGACUUGAACGGCGGUCUCCAGUUCAUCCCCAACCUCAACGAGACCAUGACGAGGCUGCGGAAGGAUAUCAUGGAGACGAGCGAAGUGCGUCGCGCCGUUGCCAAGGAGAAUGCCAUCGAGAACAAGGUGGUCAACGGUGCCGAUUCGGAGCUCCUGUACAAGAAGAAGGUCAUCGAGCCGCGCGCCAACAUCAAGUUCGACUUCCCGCCUCUUCCCGACUGGGAGACCGAAGUCGCCCCUCUCCACGAUCAGCUGAAGGGCAUGGUCGACUUGGACAAGGUCGUCGUCGUCACUGGCUUUGCCGAAGUCGGGCCCUGGGGCAACUCUCGCACCCGGUGGGAGAUGGAGGCCUACGGCGAGUUCUCCCUCGAGGGCUGCGUCGAGAUGGCCUGGAUCAUGGGUCUCAUCAAGAACCACAACGGACCCAUCAAGGGCAAGCCCUACUCUGGCUGGGUCGACGCCAAGACCGGCGAGCCCGUUGACGACAAGGACAUCAAGCAGAAGUACGAGAAGCACAUUCUGGAACACUCCGGUAUCCGUCUCAUCGAACCCGAAUUGUUUGGCGGCUACGACCCCGAGAAGAAGCAACUGCUCCACGAGGUUGUCAUCGAGGAGGACCUCGAGCCCUUCGAGGCGUCCAAGGAGACGGCGGAGGAGUUCAAGCGCGAGCAUGGCGACAAGGUGGAGAUUUUCGAGAUCCCCGACUCGGGCGAGUACACUGUCCGCAUGAAGAAGGGCGCUGGUCUCUGGAUCCCCAAGGCGCUUCGCUUCGACCGCCUCGUGGCUGGCCAGAUCCCCACUGGCUGGGACGCCAAGCGAUACGGCGUCCCCGAGGACAUUGUCGACCAGGUCGAUCCCGUCACCCUUUUCGUUCUCGUGUCCGUGGCCGAGGCGCUGCUUUCCUCCGGCAUCACCGAUCCCUACGAGUUCUACAAGUAUGUGCACGUCUCCGAGGUUGGUAACUGCAUCGGCUCCGGUAUGGGUGGAGCCGGUGCUCUGCGGGGUAUGCACCGCGACCGUUUCCUGGACAAGCCGGUCCAGAACGACAUUCUGCAGGAGUCGUUCAUCAACACCAUGGCGGCCUGGGUGAACAUGCUUCUCAUCUCCUCGUCGGGUCCCAUCAAGACGCCUGUCGGCGCGUGCGCUACUUCGGUCGAGUCGGUUGACAUUGGCUACGAGACGAUCAUGGAAGGCAAGGCCAAGGUCGUUUUCGUUGGUGGCUUCGAUGACCUCGGCGAGGAAGGCUCUUACGAAUUCGCCAACAUGAAGGCGACCAGCAACGCCGCCGAUGAGUUUGCCCACGGACGUACGCCUGCGGAAAUGUCUCGACCCACCACUACCACCCGUAACGGCUUCAUGGAGUCUCAGGGCUGCGGUGUCCAGAUCCUCAUGACGGCGCAGCUCGCCCUUGACAUGGGUGUUCCCAUCCACGGCAUUGUUGCCCUGACCACGACGGCGACGGACAAGAUCGGCCGGUCCGUCCCCGCGCCCGGGCAGGGUGUGCUCACCACUGCGCGCGAACAUGCCGGCAAGUUCCCGUCGCCCCUGCUCGACAUGAACUACCGCCGGCGGCAGAUCGAGCUGCGCAAGAAGCAGAUUAAGCAGUGGCAGGAGUCGGAGCUGGAGUACCUGUACGACGAGGUCGAGGCGAUGAAGGCGCAGGGCCACGAGUUCGACGAGAAGGAGUAUGCGCAUUCGCGGGCGACGCACAUCGAGAAGGAGGCGCAGAGGCAAGAGAAGGACGUCCUCAGGAGUCUCGGCAACAACUUCUGGAAGAACGACUCGACCAUCGCGCCGCUCCGGGGCGCGCUCGCGACGUGGGGUCUCACAGUCGACGACUUGGGCGUGGCGUCUUUCCACGGCACGUCGACCAAGGCCAACGACAAGAACGAGUCGUCGGUGAUUUGCCAGCAGCUCAAGCACCUCGGGCGCAAGAAGGGCAACGCGGUGCUCGGCAUCUUCCAGAAGUACCUCACGGGUCACCCCAAGGGAGCGGCCGGAGCGUGGAUGAUGAACGGCUGCCUGCAGGUGCUCAACACGGGCCUGGUGCCGGGCAACCGGAACGCCGACAACGUCGACCCGGUGAUGGAGCAGUUCGACCUCAUCAUGUACCCCAGCCGCAGCAUCCAGACAGACGGCAUCAAGGCGUUCUCGGUGACGUCGUUUGGUUUCGGGCAGAAGGGCGCGCAGGCGAUCGGCGUGCACGCCAAGUACCUGUUCGCGGUGCUGGACGAGAAGACGUACGCGGCGUACGCGGCCAAGGUGGAGGCGCGGCAGAAGAAGACGUACCGGUUCUUCCACAACGGGCUGGUCAACAACUCGCUGUUCGUGGCCAAGUCGGACCCGCCGUACAGCGAGGAGCAGCUCAGCAAGGUGCUGCUGAACCCGGAGGCGCGCGUGACGGAGGACAAGAAGUCGUCGGCGCUGACGUACCCGAGCAAUUUCAUGAAGCUGUCGGAGAAGACGGCGAAGCCCGGCGCGGCGCAGGCGACGCAGGAGAUGAUGGAGGCGCUGGGCAAGAAGAUGGCGUCGAGCAACUCCAAGGUCGGGGUCGACGUCGAGGACAUUGCGGCCGUCAACGUCGACAACGACACGUUUGUGGAGAGGAACUUCACGGCGGCCGAGAUUGCGUACUGCCGGCGGGCGCCGAGCCCGCAGAGCUCGUUCGCGGGGCGGUGGAGCGCCAAGGAGGCUGUGUUCAAGUCUCUUGGCGUGGCCAGCAAGGGCGCGGGUGCGGCACUCAAGGAUAUUGAGAUUGCGAGGAACGAGGAGGGCGCACCAGUUGUUAGGCUCCACGGUGAUGCUGCCGUUGCUGCCAGGAAGGCUGGUCUGAAGGAUGUCAGCGUAUCGAUCUCGCAUUCUGAGACGCAAGCCAUCGCGGUGGCGGUGUCCACUUUCUAA